AUCCGGUGAACCUCAGGGUGCUCACCAGGGAAGGGCCCUACCCCAAGGGCAAAGAGAAGGCCAGGGUUGGUAGCAUUUAAAGAGAAGAUCAUGUUCUGUCUGAAGACGCUUCCAUUUCUGCUCUUACUCCAUGUGCAGAUUUCCAAGGCCCUUCCUAUAUCUUCUAAGGAGAAAGAUACAAAAAUUGUUCAGGACUACCUGGAAAAGUUCUAUCAAUUACCAAGCAACCAGUAUCCGUCUAUCAGGAAGAACAGCAUUAAUAUGAUUGUCGAAAAGCUUAAAGAAAUGCAGCGAUUUUUUGGGUUGAAUGUGACGGGGAAGCCAAAUGCGGAAACUCUGGAGAUGAUGAAACAGCCUCGCUGUGGAGUGCCUGACAGCAGUGAUUUUAUGAAAACCCCAGGAGACCCCAAGUGGGAACAAACGAACUUGACCUACAGGAUUAUCAACUAUACCCCGCAGCUGUCAGAGACUGAGGUAGAAAGAGCUAUUGGGAAAGCCUUUAAAGUCUGGAGUGAUGCGUCACCUCUCACCUUCACCAGGAUCUCACAGGGAGAGGCAGAUAUCAACAUUGCUUUUUUCCAGAGAGAUCAUGGUGACAAUUCUCCAUUUGAUGGACCCAAUGGAAUCCUUGCUCAUGCCUUUCAGCCAGGCCGAGGUAUUGGAGGAGAUGCUCAUUUUGAUGCAGAAGAAACCUGGACCAAUACCUCCAAAAAUUACAACUUGUUUCUUGUUGCUGCUCAUGAAUUUGGUCAUUCUUUGGGGCUCUCUCACUCCUCUGACCCUGGUGCCUUGAUGUAUCCCAACUACGCUUUCAGGGACCCCAGCACCUACUCACUCCCUCAAGAUGACAUCAAUGGCAUUCAGGCCAUCUAUGGACCUUCAAGCAACCCUAUCCAACCUACCGGACCAAGCACACCCAGAUCCUGUGACCCCAGCUUGACGUUUGAUGCGAUCACCACACUCCGUGGAGAAAUAUUUUUCUUUAAAGACAAGUACUUCUGGAGAAGGCAUCCUCAGCUACAAAGAGUCGAGAUGAAUUUUAUUUCUCUAUUCUGGCCAUCCCUUCCAACUGGUAUACAGGCUGCUUAUGAGGAUUUUGACAGGGAUCUUGUUUUCCUAUUUAAAGGCAACCGAUACUGGGCUCUGAAUGGCUAUGACAUUCAGCAGGGAUAUCCCAGGGAUAUAUCAAACUAUGGCUUCCCCAGCAGUGUCCAGGCAAUUGAUGCAGCUGUCUUCUACAGAAGUAAAACAUACUUCUUUGUAAAUGACCAAUUCUGGAGAUAUGAUAACCAAAGGCAAUUCAUGGAACCAGGUUAUCCCCAAAGCACAUCAGAAAUCUUUCCAGGAAUAGAAAGUAAAGUUGAUGCAGUUUUCCAGCAAGAACACUUCUUCCUUUUCUUCAGUGGACCAUUAUAUUAUGCAUUUGAUCUUAGUGCUCAGAGAGUCACCAGAGUUGCCAGAGGCAAUAAAUGGCUUAACUGCAGAUAGGGCUGCAGCGAAGUCAGUACGGUUGUAUCCACUUUCGGAACGUGGAAGGGAGGUUCAGUAUGCAUAUUCAUUACGUUGUGUCCUAUUCAUACUUUUCUCAAUGUUAAGUCACUGUUUGCCAUCACUGUAUCCGUUCUGCCUGUUCUCGGUAAAAUAUGUUUGGAAUAUUUCGCUGUCUGCAGAGUCUUAAUCAGUUCUUCCACCUUCCACCUUAAAUUAGUGGAUCCAUCAAAGAGAAGGAAAGUAAGCCUUUUGUCACUUCAAUAUUUACUAUGUCAAUACUUAUAUAUCCGACUUCUAAAAUUUAUUAUCUUAUUAUUUGCCUAUCUGACUUCAUACAUACCUCAGUCUCUCUCUUUAAAUGUCCUGUGUAUAUCUUCUACAUGCAAUUUAGAACUAGAUUUUGGUUAGAAGUAAGGGUUAUAAGGAACCCAGACAGUACCCUUUGCAUUUACAGAAAAUGUGGUGCUGGGGCUGUUUUCUACUCUUGGAAAGAAAUAUGGAUGAUAUAUUUUGUGGGUUGAAUUGUGUCUCCCAUAAAAGAUAUGUUGAAGUUCUAACCCCAGGUACCUAUGAAUGUGAGCUUAAUUACAACCAGGGUCUUUGCAGAUGAAUUAGUUAAGUCUCCUCCCUCCUCCUGGCUCUCUUCUUCUGCAGUCCAAAUAAAUGGCCUGGGUGGAUCUGAUGUUCCUCAGUUCUUUAUUUCCUGGGGUACUCAGGAGGGCACACACUAUAGAUAACUGGGUUUACUGCAUAAAAUUCAAUGUCUCAUUAAGUUGCAUUAAACUGAGCUUAGACGCAUAAGUUUGCUAAUGGAUGGGUUUCUUUGUUAAGAAUGGUAGGAUUUAGGGGACCAUGGCUAGCUAGUCCACGUGUUAAAAUCGUUAUAAUGUUGUAUUUGCUGUUAUUACUGAGGUCAUACUGAAUUAGGGUGGGCCUUAUUUCUCAGAGAGUCACCAUUAUGACUGUUGUUCCUAUAAGAAGAGAGACAUAGCUACCUAGGGGAGGAGUCCAUGUGAAGGCAGAGGCAGAGAUUGGUAUGACACAUCUCCAAGCCAGGAGUGCCACGGACUGUAAGCCACCAUGAGAGGCUUGGAAGAGGCAAGGAAGGAUUCUCCCCACAGCCUUUGAGCAUGACCCUGCUGACACCUGCAGAUUUCAGUCUUCAGUCCUCCAGAAUUGUGAGGGAAUAAAUUUCUCUUGUUUUAAGCCACCAAGUUUGCAGUACUUUGUUCCAGCAACCCUAGACACGAUGCACUAAACACAGUGCAUCUACACUCACGAACACGAAUCAACACAGAAUGCUGAAGUGCAGCCCUUGCUAAGGACUACUAGGUAUCUUCCCGGGAGAGCAGCCGAAAGAGACCAUUAUUUCCUCUCCUCCCUCCUCCUGCCUCUCUUCUUCUGCAGUCCAAAUAAAUGGCCUGGGUGGAUCUGAUGUCCCUCAGUUCUUUAUUUCCUGGGGUACUCAGGAGGGCACACACUAUAGAUAACUGGGUUUACUGCAUAAAAUUCAAUGUCUCAUUAAGUUGCAUUAAACUGAGCUUAGACGCAUAAGUUUGCUAAUGGAUGGGUUUCUUUGUUAAGAAUGGUAGGAUUUAGGGGACCAUGGCUAGCUAGUCCAGAUGUUAAAAUCAUUAUAAUGUUGUAUUUGCUGUUAUUAGAAUAUAAUAUAGAUUAUUAUGCAAUAAAUAUGUGGACUGUAAAGUAUAUUUCUCACUAGCACCUCCUAUUUUCUUUUUCUGUUAACGUUUUUAAAUUCCACAGAUAAUUAAUUUGGCAUCUUUAAUCUGGUUCAAAAAUUUUAAAAAUCUGUUAAAUAAGUUGAAAUUAAAGAUUUUUAUUUUAAAUGACUGAGUUGUGAUUUGCUUCUAAUUUCUUAAAGUAUCACCAUGUAAUUCACCUAAAGUAUAAAAAAAUAGCAAAUUUUAGGUAUAUUUGCAGCCAUUUAGUCUUGUGCCAGAAUUAUUAUAAUAUUGAUAAUAAAUUUUAGAUAC